AGCACAGCGAGCGUUGCGAGGCAAAGCUCGACUUUUGCCGCUACGAAGUUGAUAUCAACUCGACGUCUAUGAAGGUGGAAAUCUUCACUAGAGUCUCGUCGCCUUAUCAGUGCUCUUGCGACUUGAUCAGUGUAAAACGCUCGCAGGGCCCGAGCCAAAUAUUUUGCGCUGAGCAACUUGUCAUGAGUUGUCAGUCGGUGCAUUAGGUGAUGCAUGCUCAGCCUUAUUUACCAAAUAAGCAGGCUACAAAGGUCUAUGGCUGCAUGGCACCUUUCAUGCUGGACGCCGCCCGCGUGAUGGGCGCUACCAAACUACCAGAGCAAGCAAGUGAGUGCAGCUCUGAAUUGGCAUUUGAUGGUUGGGCCCUCAAGCUGAAGGCCGCAACAUUAAAUGCUCAGGGUGAUCAACGGUUCCAACAAUCCAAGAACUGGCGAAAUGUCGAAAGGGUGGCACUGGCAAUGCAGACAGACGGCACAGGAGAGGCAAAUGCCAGCAAGGCCGUGCAGGCCAAACAGAUGCUGAAACCUGUGCCCGACACGUCUGCAGCGUCGUCAAGCGCUGGCCCCUCUUCCCAUGCUGGUGGAGACGUCCAAGACGACGUCACGUUUGUCCGAAUCCAGAACAGCACAGGGAAGAAGGAAGUCAUGAAGAGUCACAGUGCAGCUGGCGGAGGCGACAAGGAGAUUGUGUUCACUCACAUCAAGGAGGGCAAGGGACAGCGCUACUCCAACGCACAAUGGACACCUUUCAAAGCGGAUCCGGACAAAGCUAUCUCCUCUCUCCAAGUCCCUCCAUUGACCAAGAGAUUUGCCACAGGAAGCCCGCUGCUUGGGCAAACGCCCAGCAAGCAGCCAGGUGUGACGGUGACUUGCCCUUCUCAACGUCAAAAGGGUUGAGUCCGCGAUGCAGAUGGAUGGCACAGGAGAGGCAGAUGUCAGGGAGGCCGCGCAAGCCAAACAGAUGCCCAAACCUGCGCCCAGCAUGUCUGCAGCAUUGUCAAGCGCUGCCAAACCUUCCCAUGCUGCUGAUGAUGUCCAAGACAACGUCACAUUUGUCCGCAUCGAGAACAGUACAAGUAGGAAGCAAGCAAUGAGGGUUGCAGCUGACAGAGGUGACAAGGAGGUGGUGUUCACUCACAUCAAGGAGGGCAAGGGACGGCAAUACUCCGAUGCGCAAUGGACACCUUUCAAAGCGGAUCCGGACAAAGCUAUCUCCCCUCUCCAAGUCCCUCCAUUGACCAAGAGAUUUGCCACAGGAAGCCCGCUGCUUGGGCAAACACC